UAUAUAUAUAUGUAUAUGCGGCACAAAAUUCGUGGCAGGAACAAAUCAAAUCAGACAGCUGCUCGACACCUCCCCGGCCGUGACUUCUCGCCGAUCCACAUGGAUACGGCCUGCGGCAGCAAGCCGCCGCGGUCGAAGAAGGUGUGCGUCAUCGGAGCCGGCAUGGCCGGGCUGGCCGCGGCGCGCGAGCUGCGCCGUGAGGGCCACGACGUGACGGUGCUGGAGCAGAGCGGCGACGUCGGCGGGCAGUGGCUGUACGACCCGAGGACCGACGCCGAUGACGCACUCGGCGUGGCGGCGCCGGUGAAGGUGCACAGCAGCAUCUACGCCUCGCUCCGGCUCAUCAGCCCCCGGCAGACUACGGGCUUCACCGACUUCCCCUUCUGCCCCAAGAGCGGCCGCGACGACCGCCGCUUCCCGGGCCACCGCGAGGUGCACCUGUACCUCAAGGACUUCUGCGACGCGUUCGGGCUCAUGGAGGCCGUGAGGCUCAACACCAGGGUCCUCCAUGCCGCCAUGACUCCGGCGUGUAAGUGGGCUGUGAGAUCCAUGGACCUCGGGAUCGGGGAGUGCGAUGGUGCCGACGGGAAGGAGUUGGACGCGUACGUGGACGAGGUGUUCGACGCCGUCGUCGUCGCCAGCGGCCACUACUCGCAGCCAAGAUUGCCAAGCAUCAAAGGUAAGUGUAAAGCAACGCAAGCUCCACGGACCAAGCAUGUUCCCAUAAUCGUUUACUAUAAAGAAGAAGAUGUACGUACAGGCAUGGAGACGUGGAGGGGGAGGCAGAUGCACAGCCACUCGUAUAGGAUGCCGGAGCCGUUCCGCGGCGAGGUUGUGGUGGUCGUCGGGUGCGGGGAUAGCGGCAGAGACAUCGCCAUAGAGAUCCGCGGCGUGGCCAAGGAGGUGUACAUCGUCGCCGGGUCCAUGGAGGCGGUCACCCCAGGCUUGUCCAAGGUGCUGGCCAAGUACAGCACCAACCUCCAUCUCCGACUUGAAGUGGAGCGUCUGUGCGAGGACGGGCGGGUGGCUUUCAAGGACGGCGGCGGCUCCAGCUCCAGCGUCGCCGCCGACACCGUCAUCUACUGCACAGGGUACAACUACUCGUUCCCGUUCCUGGACACGGGCGGAGCGGUGGCCGUGGACGACAACCGCGUGGGCCCGCUGUUCGAGCAUGUGUUCCCGCCGUCGCUGGCUCCGUCACUCUCCUUCGUCGGCCUACUCAGGAAGGUAUUCGCGCCUCGGUCCUUCGAGGCUCAGGCUCGUUGGGUGGCCCAGGUGCUGUCCGGCAGGAGGAAGCUGCCGACGGAGGAGGAGAUGCUUCGGUCCGUGGAGGAGUUCUACCGCGCCAGGGAGAUCGCCGGCGUGCCCAGCAAGUACACCCACGAGAUCCGCUCGCUCAAGUGCUCGUACGUGGAUGAUUUCGGGGAGAAGUACUGCGACUUCCCUCGUCAGGAGAGGUGGCAGUACGAGCUGCUGAGGUCGUCCGUGCACGACAUGAUGGACAAGUUCGAGACCUUCCGAGACGACUACCAGGACAGCGACUCCAUCCGCAAGGCUGUGCAGGAGUGGCAUCUCUCUUGUCUGCAAAGCUCGUCCAAGGCUGGUUCUGAGAUUUCGAGGGCCUGGGCGAAGCAAGAACCUGGUGCCUCUAAAUAGGAACAUUCAAAUUAUAUGGAUCGAAGAGAGUAGUGGGAACCACUAAUGUUUCGUGUAAGGAAAUCCGACAACAAGGAGGAGAAAAGCCUAACAAAGAAAACCCACGAAGCGUUUCUUUAGAUUGUAAAUAAAUGAAGCUAAGCCGGCCCAUGAGUCUGCAAAACAUCUGGAGCACACACAAAGCAGCUUGGGGCAGCAGCUCAUUCAAAAACCAACAUCAUCCAAUCAAUUCAGCCCGGUUCACCAGACGUGUAGGCCACCUCUCGGAGCAGUGGCCCGUUAAUAAUGGGCUGACUGGCAGACGAUGUGGUGGCACGGUAAAAGAACCUAGCCAUUCUCAAUGGGAACCAUGAGAUCAUUGGAACGUUUAACGAGCACAUCGAUCGAAUAAUCCAAGUGUCAAAUCAUUCUGGGGCCUCCUAGCUAGCUCAGUUUAGCUGAUUUUUUUAACAAGGUGAGCCACAUAUUGAUGACAUGGCUAA